UUUGUGAGUGUAUUUGUGUUAACAGUGAAAUAUAAACCAAACAGUGAAUAACCAUGUCUGACGCCGCCGUUGUUGAAGCCACCGCCUCCCCAGUUGCCGCUGUUGAGAAAAAGGCACCAAAAAAAGCCGCUGCCAAAGCAAAGAAGCCAUCAGCUGCCCCUACCCACCCUCCAACCCAGCAAAUGGUUGAUGCCGCCAUCAAGACCCUGAAGGAACGUGGAGGUUCAUCAUUGCCCGCCAUCAAGAAAUACUUGGCCAGCACCUACAAAGUAGAUGCCCAAAAAUUGGCCCCCUUCAUCAAGAAGUACUUGAAAGGUGCCGUUGCCAGUGGAAAAUUGAUCCAAACUAAAGGUAAGGGUGCUUCUGGUUCAUUCAAAUUGUCUGCUUCGGCCUCUAAGGAACCCAAAGCCAAGACUGCUGAAAAGAAGAAGAAGGCCCCAGCCGCUGCUGCCAAAAAACCCUCUGCCGCCAAGAAGACCGCUGAAAAGAAGAAGGCCGACAAAACAAAGGCAAAGGCUGCCAAGAAAACCGGUACAGUUAAAGCUAAACCAGCAAAGACCGCCGCCAAAGCAUCUGCCACUAAACCAAAGGCACCCAAGGCAAAAACUGCAGCUGCUAAGCCCAAAAAAGCCGCAGCAGCAAAGAAGCCAGCUGCUAAGAAAACCGCCGCCAAGAAGUAA